GUUGUGAUUCAGACUAUUCGUUUGUUCCAUCUCUACUUUUUUUUUUAAAUUCAAUUUACAUCAAACAUGUACAACGAACAUUCUUGCACGUUUUUGAUCACGGGCGGUGCAGGUUACAUUGGUUUUCACGUAGGUUUACAACUUCUUCAGCUUAAACACAAAGUAAUUCUUUUGGACAUAAAUUACCCAAACAAAAAAUGGGAUUCCAAUUUGGAAUUUUCUCCCAAUGGCAAUGGAGAAGAAUUGGAAGAUAUAUCCUGUUCGUACGGGACUAUGAAAUUUGUUAAAGGAGACGUACGAGACAUCAAUAUAUUAUUGAGAGCUACGCAAGGUGUCACUUGCGUCAUUCAUACAGUUGGUUAUGGAAUGUCUGGAGUUCAGCAAAUGCCUAGUCACUCACACCUGGUGGAAGAGAUAAAUAUCAACGGAACACGUAACGUGAUUGAGGCUUGCGUCAAGAACAACUGCAGAGGACUGGUCUACACAAGCACCAACAACGUGGUCUUUGGUGGACAUCCAAUAUUCAACGGCGAUGAAAGUCUACCAUACUACCCGUUGCACAAGCAGAGUAAUCAUUACUCAAAAACAAAGACGAUUGCCGAGCAGCUAGUUCUUACCAGCAACGGACGUGGAGAUCUGCAAACGUGCGCACUUAGAUUAACAGCCGUUAUUGGACGCGACGAAGUGCGAACUUUGCCCCGCACUGUUUGGUCCAUCCGCAAUGGUUUGCUUGCAUUCAAAUUCCAUGAUAAACACGGCAGCUUAGUGGAUUGGAUCGGAAUAGACAACGCAGUUCAAGGGCAUGUGAAGGCGGCCCUGAAAUUAGUCGAUCCUGAUCGCAAGACUCCUGGAAUAGGAGGCCAAGCGUUUUUUCUGUCUGACGGACGGCCGAUAUCAUAUUUCGACUACGUGAAACCUAUUUACGAGUAUUACGGCCAGCCAUUUCCCGCUAUUCGAGUCCCGGUAUGGCUCAUGAACUUUUUCGUUUUCUUAAUUAUGUACGUUUGCAGUUUGUGGUCAGCGUUAUUUUUCGAAUGUGCUCCAUUUUUGAAUUCUUGUGAACUUGAAAAAUCUGUAGUGACUCACUAUUUUUCUAUUGACAAAGCCAGAAAAGAGUUGGACUACCAUCCGUUAAAACCAAAUGACUUAUCUGAUAUAAUCGAUUGCUUAUCUGAAAAUGAAUGGUGAUGGAACUUUUGGUAUUCUUUGGUUUCAAUAAUGUUUCUUAUGGGUAGAAUAACAUAUUUAUUAUCUAUACUUCUACAGUUAUAAAGGUAUGGCUUGUACUCUUGAUUAGCAAAGAAGAGAAGAUGUAAACUCACUGAAUUCUUUAGUAAUAAACGGAGUUUGAUUUAA